AUGAAGUGUUUACUUGUUAUUUUCUUAUUUGCUUCCUUUUUAUUUAUCUCCUUCACUUCAUUUUCCAAUCGAUUUAUAUGGUUUAGUCCAUGUUCUGAUUGUGGUGCCAUAAAUAUUCAUACUAGUUACGCUUAUAGUACUACCGUUACAAAUAAUAUCAACGAAAAAGAUGAUAUUACUAACAUAACUCAUAUUUUAUUUGGUAUUGGAGGGUCCGCUAAGACGUGGAAUAAUCGAAAAAAUUAUUCCGAUUUAUGGUGGGAACCUAACGUGACACGAGGGUUCGUGUGGCUCGAUGAGAACCCGGGAGAAAAUGACACGUGGCCUGAAUAUUCACCGCCCUAUAGGGUCUCGGAGGACACGUCAGCAUUCAAGUACACGUGUUGGUUUGGUGACAGAUCAGCAGUGAGGAUCGCGAGGAUUGUGAAGGAGAGUUUUGAAUUAGGGUUAGAGAAUGUGAGGUGGUUCGUUAUGGGGGAUGAUGAUACGGUAUUUUUUACGAAGAAUUUAGUAACGGUUUUGAGUAAAUAUGAUCAUAAUCAAAUGUAUUAUAUUGGUGGUAAUUCAGAAAGUGUGGAACAAGAUUUGGUACAUUCUUAUGGUAUGGCUUAUGGUGGUGGUGGAAUUGCUAUUAGUUAUCCUCUUGCGGAGGUCCUCGUAAAGAUUUUAGACGGUUGUAUUAAUCGUUAUCAUGAUUUCUACGGUUCUGAUCAAAAGAUUGGUGGAUGUAUGGCUGAGAUUGGCGUUCCUCUCACUAGAGAACUCGGAUUUCAUCAGAUGGACAUACGUGGUAGUGCACGUGGAUUUUUGGCAACGCAUCCAUUGGCACCAAUUGUAUCGUUGCACCAUCUAGGUGUUAUACAUUCUCUAAUUCCACUAAUGGAUCGAGUCGAUUCAAUAAAGAAGGUAAUCGAGGCAUAUAAAAAAGAUUCAAGUCGAACAAUGCAACAAAGUUUUUGUUACGAUAUAAAGAAAAAUUGGUCGAUAUCAGUAUCAUGGGGAUAUUCAAUUCAAUUAUAUCCAAAUUUAAUGAAUGGGAAGGAAUUAGAGACACCAAUGAGGACAUUUGAGACAUGGAAAGGGUUUGAAGAGCCAUUUACGUUUAAUACUAGGCCAAAUUAUAUUGAGCCAUGUCAAAGGCCUAUCGAAUAUUAUUUGGAUCGGGUUUUUGAGCUCGAUAAUGGUGAAACUUUAACGAGUUAUAAGAGAAUUGGUGAUUAUAAUAAGCAAUGUGAAAAAGAAAAUUAUUCACCAGCAUUAGCAAUUCAAAUGGUUAAUGUCACGGCCAAUAUUUUAUCUCCCCAAGUAUGGAGACAGGCACCACAUAGGCAAUGUUGUGAGGUGAUUAAUGGUGAAGAAAAUAGUAAUAUUAUUGCUACUGUUUUACAAAUCAGAAUUAGAAGUUGCAAUAAAUGGGAAUCAGCAACAUUGCCCUUUUGA